AUGCCUCUUGAGGAUGCGGCGUUUGGUCGGCACUUCGUGCCUGAUGACGGACCUGCUGCUGAGGUCUUGGCUCGCAAACGCGCCGCCACCUAUCAGCGCCUCACCAUGCAGCUUACGCUGGAAGCGCUCUUGUCUGGUGCGAGGCGCAUGACGCCCUUGCGGGCGCAAGCACUUCUCGAGCCAGAGGACAGCUCCUCCUCGGACUUUGUCGAGUCGCCCGAGGAGUCUUCGCCGGAGGUCUCCGACUCCGAUGGGGGACACCCUUCGAGUGGCGCCGACGAUCGGCGCGGAGCUGGCGAGGCGUCUCCGUCCCUCACUGUGACGUCGGGUGCACAGCAUAGGAUUUACUGGCAGAAGGCACACAGUCCACAGCGAGAAGCUGCACAAACACACACAAAACACAAGCCCGAAAAGAACCAGCACUGCUGGCACCCAGACGCGGCAGCGCCAGCCCAAGCGCGAAGCCGCGCAGACAAGCAGCCUAAGGACGUCGAGACGUCCGCUGCCGCCACAAAGCGGGCGGCCGCGGACGAAGAAAGGGCAGCCGCCGACAAGGCCCCGGCUGCUACCACAGAUGCCGGGGGGCGUCCUGCUUUGCGCGCUCUCGUCGACUCGUCUCAUGAGCACUUCAUUCCUCCGCCUGCGCAGCGAAAUGUGACCCCUCUUGUCAUGCGCGUCUUCCCUCGCCAUGUGCAUGCUCGCGCUGCGCUGACCGAUCAGCAGCGUGAUAUCCUCACCUUGCACAGCCGCAGGACACACUCGCUCAAGUCGCAGGAUAGGGUCUUGCAGUCUACCAUCUUCGCUCAUUUUCCUGAGCGAGACCUGAGCCACUCUCCGAUGCGAGUCUCGAGCUACUACCCUGUUAGGAAAACUUCCUACAAGUAUCUCUCGAUCCAGUGUUGA